AUGACAAAAAUUUUUGCCCUAACUUCGAAUGGAAAAGAAGGUGAUGAGAAGUCGAAAGAAGUAGAAGGAAUUACAAUAUCGUCCACUACACCACAGGCUACCUUCUAUCCGGUCACUUUACCCAUCUCAUCUAUUGUUGCCAAAAAGCGAUGUGGUACAUCUCAUAUAUUCAUUAUUUUGCUAUCCCUUAUGACUCUAUCUAUGCUAUUCUACAUGAUUCCUGAUUUCUUCUAUAAAAGAGUCCAUCAUCUUGUUUCAAAUGAAGUUACCGUAAGUGGAUCAACAUCACCAUGGGUACGACGAUCUGGUAGAUUUGAUGUGGCGGAAGAGAAUACACUUUUGUUGCCUAAACUUGAUUCAAUGGAUAUAGCAGGGAAAAUGAAUAAAGUGGAUCAGAAUGGGGACAUGAUACAGGAUAAUCGUGACAGUCUUAUUACAGGAAAUCAAGAUAUAGAAACUGCAGGAAAUGAUGAUGGAGAAGUGAAACAACCAGAUGAUGCUGCUACACCUAAUCGUUUUGAAGCAAUGAAAGCGAUUGCAACUCUACUCAAAAUUCCUGGUGUUCAACAGGUAGCUGUUGUUCAGAAUAACGGUAAAAUACCUGCUGAUGUAAUCAUGAAACCUGAAAUUGUACCUAAUGAAAAAAGAAAUAAUGUAGAUGAAAUACAGCCAUCAAUUGCGAAAAGUUUGAUUCAACCACAAGCUCCAUUUGUACCACCAAUGGAAAUGAAAGGAUGGGAGUUGAUGAACUAUCGCCGAGCAAUAAGGGAGUGGCUGUUACGCCGUGAGAUGUUCAGAAGGCGGAUGUUGGCUGAGCUGGAAAGAGAACGUCAAGAAGCAGCAGAACGUAAAGUGUCUCAGUUCAUCAUGGGACUUCAAGAGCAACAAGAACCACCACAGCUUGAACAACUGCAACCAAUGUUACCCAUGCUUUCAUUUAAUGGGAUGAACUUGCUACCAGCGCCAGCGAUGUGGGUGAAUCAACAACCAUUGGAAGGAAAUCAACGUAACAUACCAAUAAUACCGAUGUUACCAGCGCCUAUAGUAGCACCCAGAAUUCCCCCCAUGCUUCCUUUCUUGAUUCCUAAACAAUUACAACAGGAACAGCAGCAGCAGCAGCAACAGCAACAACAACAACAACCACCAAUAGUGCCAAUUAAAUUGAUGCCACCACAGAUAUUGAGCAGAGAAGAAUCAAUAAUUCAACCUAUUGGAUCGGAUUCAGGAAAGCCAAGUACCACACCGUUGCAAAUUCGUGAUGAUUCUAUGAAUAGGCUUGAUUUGGAACAGAAGAAGAUACCUGUACCUGUAGUUGAUCAACCAAUACCAAUGACAUUUGAUGGAAUUCCAGAUCGUGAUACUAUCUUUAAAGAGUUACGAUCACGAGCACAAAUGCAACAACAAAUAUCGCAAACUAUCCUACCAGCAGCAAUGACACCACCUUUAAUUCAAAACGUUGUUCCACCAGCUCAGAUUAAUUCAGACGAGAUCUUUCGAGAGUUGCAACAUCGAGCUCUUCGAAUGCAAAUAGAGCAAGAUCGAUUGGAAGCCGAACAACGAGCAGAAAAAGAGAAAAGUAUUGAUGCUGAAAUACCAGUACUAAUGAUCGCUGAUACAUUUCCGAGACGAACAGUCGAAACGGUGGUAGAACAAAUAUCGGAGGAUACUACUACUAUGACUACUGCUAUCAACAUCGAGGCAACAACAAAGGGCAGAAAUUCCGCCAUCUCAUCGGAAUCUGUCCCAGCCUUCUUCAAUAUUUUUAACAAAGGAAUUCAAGAAACCGAGAUUACCAGUUCUUCCGAUAAAGAGCAAGAAAUAAGUGUAAAGAACGACGUAGCUAAGGCUGGACCGGAGCAUUCAACCGAAGAAGACACUUUUGGUGAAAUGUCAAUAGCUGAAAAUGACAGAGUUGGAUUGGUCGUGAAGCCAGAUGAAACCGCACCACAAGUCAAUUUCGUUCAAGAAUCUGCUACGACAGAAGCACCAGUAAGUAUUGGCACCUCAGAAGAGGCUCAUUCAGAAUCGUUCAAGUCUGCAUUCCCAAAUGAACCGGAUGAUACGCAUGGUAGUGACAUGUUGGGCACUCCAAUGAGACUGCUCGAAACCCCACAGAUCCAAUAAAAAUCAAAUCUGUAUAAAAAAAUGUAUGAUUUCGUAAAUUAUUUUGUUUUCCUUAAAAUAUUCCCAUAAAAAGAGGCAAAAAGCCUGCUACUUUGUACUUUUCACCAAUUAUGUCACCAAAUAUAGACACCUCGGACCAAUUCAGAUUUAGUGCAGUGAAUUCUCUCCCUUUUUUUCUCCUCACUUUCCCUUAGUAGUUCUAGACGUAUAUCAGUUUCCCGUAAGAAACAUUCAUUGUUAAUCAGCAAAAUAGCAUCAUUUGAUGCUUCCACUAAUUACUCGACUUACGAUAAAAUACAGUGACAUUCGCAUAAAUCUCACAUACCCCAAGUUUAAAUGAGCAAUAUAUUAAAUGCGUGAAGUUUUUUCAACAAUAAGAAAGUACAAAUAUAUAAAACGAUAAGCUCAGUUUUGGUCUUUUUUAUCUGCAUACAGACCUAAACACUAACAUUUGAUAAGGAGAUAUAAUGACGUAUCUGCAAGUCUUUAACAUUCUGGAAUGGUAGCUAACCCAAGGCUUUUCAGUAUUGGAUAUUCUACAUUGUUUAGGUCAAAAGUCAGAUGAGCGCGAAUGGAUCUGUUAAUAUCAAAAUUUUCCG